ACACCUGGUGUUUGUUUACUUCAAGGACGCCAUGCCGCUUUAGGUAAUUCUUCUAGCAGUGGGAACCAUGCGUGAGGAUACAUGUAGAAGGGAGGAAAGAUAAGACUCAACAUAAAAAGCUAGUAAUGCUGCGAGGUGCUGACUUGUUCAAAAGAUUUGUUCAGUCACCUGCUCGAAGGGUCAUCAAGUAUGCAUUUGAUAAACAUCUUUUUGCAACAAAUGUUACAAUCUCACUUACAUUAUCAGGGAUAGGUGAUAUACUGCAGCAGCAUCAUAACAUCAUCCAGCAGCAGCAGCACUCAUGGGACAGGGCUCGGACACGCCACAUGACCUGCACUGGUGUGACAGUGGGUGCUCUCUGUCACCACUGGUAUGUGCUUCUGGACCGCCGCCUGCCGGGACGCUCACUGGCAGUAGUGUUAAAGAAACUUCUGGUAGACCAGCUGCUGUUCUCACCAGUGUGCCUCACUGUGUUCUUCCUGUCCCUGGGGUUGUUUCGGGGUGGUGACUGGAGCACCUUUGUCUCUGAUGUGUGGCAAAAGGGCUGGCGGCUGUAUGCAGCAGAAUGGCUUGUGUGGCCACCAGCACAGCUGGUAAACUUUUAUUUGCUGCCCACCAAAUUCAGGGUCCUCUAUGAUAACUCUAUCUCUCUUAUGUUUGAUGUUUAUACCUCCCAUGUCUGUUACGAUAAGAAGAUUGUGGAGGAUGACUAGUGUGUGUGUGUGUGUGUGUGUGUGUGUUUGAAUAUCCAUACCUCUGUGAGUGUGUCUUGUGUACAUAUGCGGACAUUCCUUAUGAAAAACAGAUGUAUAUAUAUAUAUAUAUAUUUAUUUGUUAACUUCACAUUGCCUGAGAACAGAUGUAUGAGUGAAAAUGUAUUUAAAUGGUGUGAUCCAUGUACAAACUGUAAAGAAUUGUAAUAGGGUAUAUAUAUUAUUUGAAAUUA